AGGUCACGCCGAGAUUCUUUACCGAUGCACAGACAUUCGGUGUGAGAGGGCCUAGAUAAUUGGCUGGGAGGUCAGAUGGGUUACAGCCAAAUAAUAUAGCCUCCGUUUUGGUUUCAUCCAAAUGUAGGAAGUUUUCCCCCAACCAAGAUUUAACUUCGAAAAAACAGUCCAGCAGCGUCUGUACAGAGUCAUUAUUUGAAAGGUUUAAGGGCAGGUAGAUCUGUACGUCGUCGUCAUAGCAGUGGAAAGAAAGUUUGUAUUUACGGAGAAUUGAGCCCAACGGCAAAAUGUACAAUAAAAAUAAAAUCGGUCCUAAAAUUGAACCUUGGGGUACUCCAGAGGUGAGUGGGGCUGCAGUUUAAGCGAAUUCCCCUAGCUGCACAGAAAAACUGCGUUCAUUUAAAUAGGACUGGAACCACAGAAGAGCAGGGCCUGUUAUGCCUACCCACUGCUCUAGCCGAUCUAAAAGGAUAUUAUGAUCUACAGUGUCGAACGCAGCUGUUAAAUCAAGGAGCACUAGGAGGGCAGGGUUUAACGUUUCAAAUGCUACAGUUUUUCUCUAUUGCUAAAACACAUUUCACCAUACUAUCCCCCCUUUUCCCACAACCCUAAACACAAAACACUUUUCUCAAGCACUAUUCGCACAACAGCAAAUUCUCUUCCCAAAACCAACGCAUACACUCCAAAACAGAACAUCGUAUAUUCAAAGUCACUCAAGCACACCAAAACAAUUGCACCUACGCUCAAAAGUCUCACAUAUUCUCAAAAGUCCACCUUGACAACACAAUACCUCUCAAGGCCUGCAAAAAUGUAAACACUACCAAGCGUCAUUACACACACUUUAAAAAAUGCAAAACACAAUGUUCAUAGUGUGAGACCGUUCUUUUUACAGUUUCAUCACUGCAGAACACAUUUUUUUAGAAACCCUUACAUACAUAUAUUCUCAAAUAUAUAUUGGGCAUGCACUCUAGAUUUGUGUGUUUCAUAGGAAUAGUCACAUGAAGAAAAAGCAGUUACUGUAUCACAACUCAAUGCAAAGCAGUGUAAACACCAUGGAGGAGCCAUUGCACACAAUACAUACAUAUAGUGUACAGUAACAAUUGAAAACACAAUGUUCAGGGUGUAACUUUUUUUUAUUACAGUAUUGACAGUAUGUUUUACUGCACAGAUUUGAAAGACUGCCACAUGCAGGUGGGAGACGAAUCCCAAGAAUCGACAUGGUUCAGGAGAAUUGUCUACAUGGUUCAGGAGAAUACUGUAAUAUCAUAAGGGGAAAUACAGGAUAACAUCUUUGCUGACAAUCUGAACUUCACAAACUCAGCCUGACCACUGACUCCAGUUGGGCGUCUGUGAAUAUGGAACCCCUCCCACCUGCAUGUGGCAGUCUGUCAACUCUAGAGAAACAAAAAUACAUUUGGUCAGUACAGAGAUAGUCCUUGCAGUACACAGUACUGUCACACUUUUACCCAUGGUUGCAAUUGUUCUAGGUGAAAAUGAAGGCUUGCCCCUCAACUGCACUCAAGUUUACAGUAAUGUACGGUAAAGGUAAUGAAACACGCAGUUUACAGAAUCAUACAUAUACUGUAAAUGCUGUACUGUAAAAUACAGUACUGUAAAGGCAUGUAUUCAAUACAUGGACAUCUCUUUACAGCAAACUGUGGUAAAUCGAAUUGCACUCCACUACGUAUGCAGUACAGUAUCUGUAUAGACAUCUACUGUAGUGACCAAGAAAUACUACAUUCAGUACCUGUUGUGUUGUCUGAAGGCCCGAAUGAUGGUGGCCACUGUAUAUCGGCUUAUGUUUGGCUGGACUCGUUGGCCAGCUUCAGUCAUGGUCAUUCCAUGGACAAUGACAUGGUUGAUAACAGUCGCUCACAUCUCAUCUGUGAUGAUCGUGCGUCGACGUCUCAUUUGCCCUUCUCUUGCUCCUUGGCCUGCUCCUCUUCCUCCUUGGCCUGCUCCUCUUGCUCCUUGGCCAGCUCCAUGCCCCCCUCGGCCAGCUCUUUGUCCUCCUCGGCCUGCUCUUUGCCCCCCUCAGCCUGCUCCUCUUCCUCCUCGGCCUGCUCCUCUUCCUCUGACGAGAAUCCCUCUGUCUUGUCCCUCCAUUGCUCGGAAUAUUCAGCACACUCUGCACUCUGCACUGACUUAUAUAGGUGUGGUUACCAGGUGUCUUCAAUUUUGAGUCGUUGUGUUUAAUCAAGGACGCAAGGUAUGUGCAUUGUGUUCAAGUUUUGCUGACUGUGGGUAGCAUUUUGCAUCAAAUGAGCUUAACUGUGCAUGUUUGAGCAGAUGAGUUUUGCAGGAUGUGUUUUAGCAAGAAAAAAAUGUGUUCUGAGAAGAAGUGAGUGGGUUUUGUGAAUAGUGUCUACAGGUGAAAUGUGUUUCUGGUUGUGGCAAAUGGGGCUUCAUUUUAAUAAAUGUGUUGAGGCAACUGGUCAUUGGGUUUAGAGUAUGGUGAAAUGUGUUUUAGCAAUAAAGAAAAACUGUAAUACUUUUGUAUCUAAAUGCUGCAAAACUACAAUAUAUCCUCAUGAAUUUAAAGAGGCAGUAAGUUCUUUUAUAGAUAAUAAAAGUUUAAAAAAAUGCCAGCAAGAGAUAUACUCAAGUCAACAUCCCCAGUUGUUGAAUCUCUGCAAAAGGGGAAGUCUGUCAUUUUAAAAAAGAGAAACACAAAUAUCGUGCAUGACAACAGUGAAGGAGGCUCAUGGAGUGCUGGGCCCUGGAAGGCUGGGGGUCUUAAAGAGACAGGUGUUGAGGUGAAGCGUUUUAGAGAGGCGGUGUGAAGGAUAACAGCUGGUGUGAUUAAUUUAGUUCUGAAAGUCAGAGAUUAAAAAUUGUGGUAGUUCUUUUUCAAGACGUGUUAUUUUAUUUCUCCAUGUUUUGACAACAUGUUGUUAUUCCCAGAUAUGCUAUGAAAACUCACUUCCGAGAUAACAGCACGAGUUAAGUUUUCUCUGUAGUUUGAUGUAUUAAGCUAACAGGACAACAGAACCUAAUGCACAAAACCCGCUUUUCAGGUGACAGCACAAAAUGGCAUAAAGUUUAGGCUUAUUGGCAACAAUACCCUAAAAACUGAACUACAGAGGUGCAUCUAUGGUGUAGUCUCAGUUCCAACCCAACAGGACACAAAAUUACACUGGAGCCCACUGGAAACAACGCUACAGGUGCGUUUCAGCUCGCCAUUUGUAAUCAUCAUUGUGACGUCAACGGUUUCUCCCGAGCAGCCUGUGGUCUCGCGGCCACCUCCCCCUCACCAUGACAACGACAGAUUUCCAGCAUCGUCAGAGGACACAAGCAUUAGCUAUUUUGAUUUAGAGACGGUUUAACGGUAAAUAUAUCGCGUUUAAUUACAUAUUAAGAGGUUAUUACAAGAAAAAGGAGGAUUUCUCUGCUGUGUGGGCUCUGAUGUAGCGGAAACCAGCCGGAGGCAGAGGGAGACGCCGUUUAACUGCGUGAACAACAUGGCUCUUCCUCAGCAUCCCCGGCUGCUGCUGUGGCUGCCUGUUUGUGUUGUUCUGCUGUGCGCUGUCCAAUAUGUCCACCCUCGGUCUUUGCCCAUAUCAGACCUGAAAUCCAAGAUAUCCGGGGUGGAGGAGCUGCUGGAGGAGUUCCGCAAGCAGCUGCAGCAGGACCAGGCGUAUAGGACAGGCGAAGUGAGUGACUCCUGUGUGGGCGACUUUAACGCUGAAGAGGAGCGCAUCAUCAAGACUAAGGCCUCCAUUGAGCAGGGGGCCACUUUUCUGCUGGCUCCGGACAGGGUGUACACCUGGAAGGACUGUCUGCACGCCUGCUGCUCCCAGCCGCACUGCACUGUGGCCGUGGUUCAGGAGGAUCCGAGGCAGUCCGGGGACAGCCUCGGAUGUUACCUGUUCAACUGCACCUACAGGAACAAAAAUGUCUGCUCCUUCGCACCGCAGCAAGGCUUUAGCACAUACAGCCGGACUUCUAACACGACGCAGUCUGGACACCUCCCUGCUGUAUCCAGCGGGUCAUCCAGCAGGCCCGGGGAGGGACACCCGGAGGAGGAUGAUACUCAAGGUGAGGGAUGCUUGAACAAGACAAACCAGGAAAGUCCUGAUUUAUUAUGAUGAUUAUGAUUAUGAUGAUAUUAUGAUUAAAAACAUGCAGAGCUUUAUAGUAGUUUAACUAAUCUGUUGGCUUAAUAUUACUUAACAUUAUUUGGCAUAAUUUUAGUGAGCUUACAGCUUUCAUUUUACCUAGAGGUGUUUUACAAUUAGGGGCUGUUAUAUGGGACUUAAGGCACAUGAAGAUAAAGAGAAGAUGUUAAAGGUUGUAAAUGAACACCAGUGACUGAUAUCAGUGCGUGACAUAUUAUUCCUCACAUAAACCAAAAUUACCUCACAUGAGCUUUAACAUGGAAAAAAAACAAACCCAUCCACCCAUUCAUCCAUUUUUUUUACUGCUUUCCCCAUUUGGAGUUGUGGCGGGGGCUGGAGCCUAUCCUAGCAUCUUGGGGUGAAGGCAGGGGAGACCCUUGAAAAAAAAAAUAUAUAUAUAUAGAUAUAUAUAUAUAUAUAUAUAUAUAUAUAUGUGUGUGUGUGUGUGUGUGUGUGUGUGUGUGUGUGUGUGUAUGUAUGUAUUUUUUUUGUUAUGUAGAUGGGGCACCUGCCCUACCAGCUGUACCACAAAGACACACCUUUUUUUUUCUUUUAAAUUUUGAUUAAAAAUUGAUGGGUGUAAACAGGCAUACACUGGGGAAUUAUAAUGAUGAUAUGUGAGGUGAGUUGAUGUGCGUUAAGUUAUUUUAAAGGGCCAUGUUCAACAGUUUGAUGUUAACUGAACAAAGAGCAUAAUUCUCAGAUACAAGUCUUUAUUGGGUUUAAUUGAACCUUACUCCAUGAUCUUGAGUGCAACAUUAUUUUCCCGAUUUACUCACUUGUUUUUUUCUCAGUGCAGUUUUUAGUCAUCUCUCUGCUGCCACAUUAUAGUGUGUAAUACAGUCAUUUUAAAGUAGAUUAAAAAGAGUUAAAUUUGAUGAAAAGUUUACAAAGUUUUACUCUAGAUUUCUAAAGUUUACCUCAGCACAUUAUGGUCAUCCACACAAAGUAAUAAAGUAGAGCAGGGCUGGUUAAUGAUUUACCUUUCCUUCUGUAGCUGAGCAAAAAUAUCCAGAGACUCUGAGACAAGCAGCAGGUGUUGUUUUGAUCCCCUCCUGUGUUUAAUUACCAGCUUCAAGCUGGUUCUACAGGGUUUGAAUCACAGCAGAAAAAGCAGAAAUCAUUGUCCAAAAAUACUCUUUUUUUGUGUGUAAUAACCAGUAAUGAGUAAUUUGUUUUGGUGAUAAUAUUCCAAAAUAAUCAUUUUUUUCAGGUUCUUCAAAGGGAAGAUUCAGUGAUGUCAGAAAUAUCAUUUUCAGUUAGAUAAAUGAAGAGGUCAACUUUGGUUAGGAAACAGUGUAAGUGUGAAGAGAACCAGAAGAUUGACUCAUGAUGGAAGCUAACAAAAGUACAAUUUUGCCAUAAAACAGAAACUUUACUGCAGCUCUGAUUAAAUAUUUAAUGUCUUAACCUGCAAAUGAACAAAUUAAAGGAAGAAACACGUGCUGCACAUCCUUCGUAUUAAAAAAGCUGUCUGUGUGUGUUUUUGCAGAGGUGGACGAGCCCCCUCGCAGUGAUGCUGGACCCGACGUGGUCAUCCAGCUCCCAACAGACUGGGCUGUGCUGGAUGGACGCGACAGUGUGGAUGACCAUAGGAUCAGCCACUACGAGUGGACUCUUGUAAAGGGAGGCACGGCUAUCAAUAUGAAGGUCAGUGUUUACUGCACACACACAAAGCCAGGACAUGUAACAGUAAAAUGUCUGUAUGCUGUUUAUUUUUGGUGGGUCACCUGAGACUGAAAGACUGAACAGGAAAUAAAGGGAGUACACAGGGUUCACUCUGUUGUUCUCUCCUUAUCAGAGAGCAGAUGAUGUAAUAUUUGAGUCCUCCAUAUGAAUACUCACUAAUCACCCUCACAGACACCAGUGUCAGAUUACUUGUUUGUACUGGUUAAGUCAACAGAGAGACCUGCAGCCACAGCUCCAUGAUGGGUCUCUGUUCCAACACAGACAAGAGUUCAUUACAUUCAAACCUGCUUAAAGCACAAGAGAAAUACUGGAGCCUCAAGAGCAGCAUGUUAAAUUCUUAAAAUGUUUUCAUCUGAAGUAUGAAUGUACUAUUUUCAGCCCUCAGCAGAGGCAAGUUGUUGAUCACUGGUUCAAUGGAGUAUUUGAAUUUUCAUGUAUUUCUAAAAAUAAUAGCCUCUUUAUUCAGCACCUGAGCAAUUAAACCAAGCCCAUAGAGUGUGUUGACAGGUAAAGCCCAGGCAUACUGGGAGGACAAAACAACAGCAGAAGCUGUCAUGAAACAGGACUCAGAAUGUGUAGACACAAAUGCAAAUCACCACACCAGCAAGUCAAAUAGGCAUAAGGUUUAACAGGACAAGCAAAGGUCAGUACAUGGUAUGUCAGUCAGCAAAGGCAGAGGUAUCCAAAAAAGGGCUGAGGCAAAAAGGCAAGGUCAAAAAAUGAGCAAGGAUCUAUACACAAUGUGACUAUGAGUAUGAAUGCUGGCAUAAGAUUGAAGAGUGUAACGAACUGACGAUGACAGUGAGACAUGUGAGGUUUAAUACAACAGGUAAUGAGGGUGAUGGGAAACAGGUGGAGAGACACAAUCAGGCAACAGGUGUGACGAGACCGGGGCAGGGUAGACCAGACAGGAAAAAAUCUAGAAGACAGAAACAAGGGUUAGUGGACUACAAAAUAAAACAGGAAAGACAUGACAAAAAAAAAAAAAAACAUGAAUGUGCCAAAAUAAAGGAAACUUAACCAACAUAAACAUACUGAAAUAAAAAAGGAAACUUCACCGACAUGACAGAAACCUGAAAGGCAGACCAAAAUACAUCUCUAAUUAUAAAAAAAAACAGAACCAGGUUUUGGCUUUAUGCCCUAUAUAUGUGGAAUAUAGUACCAGAAAAUGUCAGUCUGAGCCUCUCUGGUCUUUUUAAUCUGGAUUGAAGACUCUCCUGUUUACAGCUGCUUUUUAUUGGAUUCCUUUAAAGACUUAAUGUCAUGAACUGAGGCACAGGUUUUUCUGAACACAAAUGGACAGCACUGAAUUUGGUUCCAAAAACAGGCAAGGGUUUAUUCAGAGCAAGUAGAGGUCAGUACACAGGUAAGCAGUGAGACCAAGCAGAGGUAUCCAAAAAAAUGAGGGGCAAAAAGAGGAGGUACAAAAAGGCAAGGUACAAUACAGGGCAUUGCUAUGGCUAUGGCUAUGACUAUGGGUAUGGCUAAGGAUAUGGAUAUGGCGAGAACGCUGGAUUGAGGACUGGGUACAACGAACUGGUGAUGAGACAGUGAGAGACACAUGAGGUUUAAUACAAGAGGUGAUGAGGGUGAUGGGAAACAGGAAGGGAGACACAAUCAGGCAACAGGUGACGAGACCGGGGCAGGGCAGACCGGACUGGAACAAAUCUAGAAGACAGAGAUAGGGGUUAGUGAUUUCAAAAGAAAACAGGAAACAAAAUUUAAAAAAAUAAAAAAUAAACUUAACCAAUGAUGACUGUGAAAGAAAUAAAGGACACUCAACAUGAAUAUUCAGAAAUAAAAGGAAACUUCACUGACAUGACAUUUUAAUGUCAGUUUUUAUUUCUUAUAUCCAGAUCUGUUCUCUAUCUUUAUGCUUUCAUUCAAAACUAUCAUAUUCGAACCUUCUGCUUUUGCUGUUUUAACUUUUUUUUAUUGUUGCCUUUCUUUGAUUUUAGUUUUCAAAGGUACGGUGUGUUGAAAGGAUAAUAUUCAGCAAUAUCUAGCAGCUAGGUUCUAGAUUGAAAUGCUCCCUUGCUCACCCCUCCCAUUAGUUAAGUGAAGCUGCUGUGAGGCAUGAUGUUUAUAACCCUCCAUUUGUCAGGGUUUUAGCGUCAAAAACAGUUAUCUUUAUUUUUUAUUUUUGGCCUUAUCUCCCAACCAACUUGGCGGGGAUGAGCACCCACAAAAGGCACAUAUUACUAGUUUGUCUAUUUUGUGCUUCUGUAGGAACACAGCUGUGCCACUAAAUAUUUUACAGUGGAUCUUUAAAGCUCUUGUGAGAAACUUUCUGUCUGUGUUGACUCUGAUGUCCCCUGUGAUCAAAGUGGUAACUUAUAUUGAUAUUUAAUUGACAAAAAAAUCUCCCCCUUAUGCCUUUCAGCAGUGAAGUUCCUGACUCACCAUGAUGACUUUGGUGUGGGUAAAGUCACUAAGGCUGUUAAAGCUCUUGUAAGGAGUUUUAGGGUGUGAAACAGACUGAAGGGGAGAGGGAGAGGGGAAGAAAAUAAAAUUAUCCUACGCUGCAGUGUGACUAUAAUAGAUACCUUCCAUUGCCAAAAUUAAAAAGUUUUGAGACAGAUCAACUCAAUUUAUGCUUCAAAGACAGACCUCACCUGUUUGAGUCAAAAUCUGAUUCAACAUUUGUUGCUUGUCCUUGUGUUUUUUUAUGUUUUGUUGAAGGCAACUCAUCCAGGGCUGCUGAAGGUCAGCGGUCUGCAGGAGGGAGCCUACACCUUCCAGAUGACCGUCACUGACACAGCGGGACAGAAGAGCUCUGACAACGUCUCUGUCACUGUGCUGGCACCAAAACACCAAGCAGAAGGUGAUGCACUCAUGACAAAACAAAGAGAUCUUCUAUGAGCUCCUUUACGAUCUAUGAAUUCCACCCUAAAAACAAACAGCCGCUUUGUCUCGAUCUCCAGUUUUCACCUUGUAAAUCUGGGUGCCUUUAAGUUAUGCAUGAUGUCUACUUUUCUCUUUCUGCACCUACAGUGUGCACAGGUCACUGUUCACGCUACCAGUUUAAGUGUGAUGACGGCUGCUGUAUUGACAUCUCCUUCGCUUGUGAUGGGAAACAACACUGUCCGGACCGCUCUGAUGAAGACUUCUGCCAAAACUGUGAGGACAGCCUGAUUCCCACCCAUCCUAUGAUCUCUAGCAUCACCCAAGUCAGUGAAAAUGUAAAGAGUGAAUUAAUCCUCCCUUCACAUGAUUAUUUGUCUUUGCUUUCUGCAGUUGACAGCAGCAGGAAAUCAGUGACCCACACUGCUGAUCUAUCAACCCCUCAUCAACCUGUAGCUCAGACAGAGGAAGCCGAGGAUGUCACCAUGGUCCAGACCGGAUCCAGAAAGACUGUAGAGGCCAUUGUGCCACCGCAGGACAGGAGCAAAGCUCCUCCUCCACAGAGUCCCAGCCUGCAAGAGGAUGCAGCCAGUCAAGGUGAGGCUGUGUUAGUAUUAAAGCUGUAUUUGCACACUCAGCAAACAAAAUCAUGUGGAGAGUGAAUAUAAAAAGAUUUUCAAGCAUACAGUCUGGCAGGAAUCUAAAAACAUUUCCCUCUCUUCGGCUUCCUGUUCAACAAUAUGAUCCUCCAUCACAGUGUCAUUAGUGCAGUAUCUCUUUGUAGCGAGGCAGAGAGGGUUUCAGAGUAGAUUUGGCCAUAGAAGCAGAUGGAGCCCCUGUAGGCAGCCAUUGAGUCACAGCACACUGAGCUGAAAACGCUGCCAGAGCCACAGGGCUACUCGGCAGUCCCUGGGAAAGCAGCUCUGUGCCUGCUGGAACAAAGCGCCUCUGUCCCCUCCGCCAUCUGAUCCCUGAAUCAGGCUGAGAGCGACCAAAAGGGCUCCUUCCCCCAGCAGUGUUUUACCACAGGUAUGACACGGGUGAGGAGCAUUUCUCAGGAGUCUUCUCUUCAUGUCACCACUGAAGAGUGCCAUAUCUGAGAGCUUGGAAAUCUAAGAUGAUACGAAAUAGAAAGAGAAGUGACCUUUAAAUUCUCUCACCUUGGAUCUGCACUGAGUAGUAUCUGAACAUCUUGGAUGAAAAGGCUGUGAGCACUUUUCUCCAUUCAGUUAAAGGUGUUAGCCACCUAUUUAGGCGUUCAGCAGACAUUAAACAGGUUUCAGAUUAACCAUGAGUCAUGGUUCUUGCCACUGGUCCAUGUCCAGAUUUUACUUUUUUUAGCUAAGGUUUUUCCACAGCCCUCCAUGUAUGGACGUUGUGGUCCCUGUUGCAGGGGUCGGCCUCAAUCUUUUGCUGCAUGUCUUUCUCCGCUCUCUCUUCAGCUGUUCUUUCUUUUUUGUCUGUUAAGUUUAUUUGCACACCACAAGAACACAAAAAACAAAGAGUAAUAAAUACUUUAACGUUGUGCAGGGGGGGGUUGGAAGACCAUUAUUCACUUCGACUUGUGCUAUUUGUCAGCUAAGAUAACAAGACAUCAAUUUGGUCUUUUUUCACUCUUCCAGAUCCGUGUGCUGCAGCUCCAGUUGUUGGACCCUGCAAAGGAAACUUCCCUCGCUGGUACUACGACCAAAGUGCAGGAGCAUGCAAACACUUCCUUUACGGUGGCUGCCAGGGCAACCAUAACAAUUUCCUCCAGGAGUCGGACUGUGUCAGUGAAUGUAUACAGAAAAGUGAGAAUCUGCCCUUAAUGUAAUACACUUUUUUAAAGCUUUGCUUAAAACUCUGAUAAUCAUACGUGUUCAUGAAACUGUCUUUCAGGUCCGUCUUUUAAACCAGCGACCGUGGCUCCUCCCAUCACCAAGCAGACUGAAAUAGGUACAGCACUAACUGACUCAAACUAAUGAAAGCUACACUCGGAAAAACAAACACAAGGGCAUGAAGUGUAAUGGUGAAAAGUUAAAAAACAUGUUAUGACUUUAAAUACAACGAGCCAGUAGGGGGAGCGCUAAACACUUUGGCUUCAGAUUGGGGGAGCUGUCAUGUUGUCCAUGAUUAAUUUAUAUUUCAGGAACAUUUUGUCAACUGUUGAUUAUUUCAAUCUAUAAAUGAUUUCUUUUUUUCUUGAAGCUCCCCCCAAAGUCUCCCAGAAGCAGCCAGAAAGUGAUGCCCCCGUCUCCAAGCCCUUCCCAGUGAUGGGAGGGCAUCCAGUACCAGAGUCUGGUAAAAGUCAACAUAAAAACAUAUAUAUUAGCUCUUUUUUUUAACUCCUUCUGCUUUUCCUUGCCAAUUUUCUGAACUACUUUUCUUCCACUGCUGAUCAUCCCCCCUGCAGGUGCCAUCCUCCCUCUGGCUCUCGGCAUCAUCAUCACCGCUCUGCUGCUGCUCAUGAUAGGCUGUCGUCUCAGACUCGUCCGCCACAAACUCAAGAAAGCCCGACCACUGACAACUGAGGAGUCAGAUUACCUCAUUAAUGGCAUGUACCUGUAGCCAAUCAGAAACAAGCAGCAAAUGCGAGAGAAACACGGGUCAUGUCCCUGGAACCUGAGCUGGGACUUAUUUUGAAAUUUGCACUCUGAAUUUCUGGCUGUCUGUUUCUCUGGUUUAUCCUCCUCAUGUCUGAACUAUGCUGUCAUGACUGAUCCUGAACUUUCACUCACUGAAUCCACUCCGACCGGUGAAUCUGCUGCUCAAAAAACGCUGCCUUCAAAGCCAACACUCAUAUUUAGAUGCUUGUGGGUUUUUAUUUAUGUUGUCUUAAGAAACUCUGAUUGUAAAUCCAUGACUGGAACCUUUAUGUCCAGCUGUCUAUAUUCUCCUGAUGACUUAAGUAUACACUAACUUUGUCUGCUCUAUCAUGCUAUGUUUUUGCCACUGGGUGACACUAAAGUGCUUAAUUUGUGCUGCAUAUCUCGCCCAAGUUUAACAUACUUUGACACACCAUGUAGGUUAUAGUGCACUUUUUUGGGUUAUUCUGAAUCAACAAAAUAUUUCUCAAAUUUUCUUCAAAUCCUAUAAAGCCAUAAAAUACUAUAUUCCUGUGUUUUGUCACAUAUCAUUCUUCAAAAGAAAAUUUAUGUGGAGUAUUAUACAAUGCAGAUGUAUCCCCUUAAAGUGCUGUCUUUUAUGUGAGAUAUUAAAGUUUAUUAUAAAUCCAAGAACACUGGUGCCGUCUGCUGACAUAAGCCCAGUUGAGGGGGGGGGGGGGAGGGGGGGGGGGCUUGUUUGCCUAAAUUUGGAGGAAGUUUGUCCACUUUUUCAGCGGUUUCUAUGAUUCUGUCAAAGAUUAUUUACCAUAGAUGAUGAAAUCCCCAAAGUCUUUGCAAUUUUUACACUCAAGGAAUAAUAUCCUUAAAGUGGUGAACUACAGUAUUUGCUCACAGUCUUCCAAUGAUGAAUCUCCAAAAGGCCCACUGAUGUCAUUAUCAAGUCAUAUUAUUAACCUGUUGCAAAUUAACCAAUAAAUUAGUUUCCCCAGUUUUAUUCUAUUA